UUCCGCAUGCGCAGUCACUUCACUCGCACACGCAGGACAAAUACCGGCUGCGGUAGCUCAGGCCUGACACCGAGGACAGCUCCGAAGAAAGUGCUGGGAUUACAACGGAGGCAGCGCGACACUGCGACCUCUGUGACAUUCAGUAGUGUGGGACGUGUGAGGUCCGGAGACAGGGUGCCAGUAACUACUGAAGAGCCAGACAAUGGAGUCUGUGUAUCGAUAAUGUGUCCAAGAAAUGAGGAGCCAGAAGUGAAAUCUAGGAGCCAUAGCGCAUUGGUUCCCAGCAUUGUUCAAGCCCUGCUCCGUUAGUGUUUACAAAAAGGGAAUUUCAUGAUCAUUCGACUGUAAUCAUGACCAGCUCAGGAAAAGAAACCUCUCGGCUUAAAUGCUAUAAGAACAAGUCUCUAAAUCCUGACGAAAUGCGAAGGAGGCGGGAGGAGGAAGGCCUACAGCUACGCAAGCAGAAACGAGAAGAACAGCUCUUCAAGCGCCGGAAUGUCGCCACUGCGGAGGAAGGCACAGAAGAGGAAGUCAUGUCAGAUGGAGGCUUCCACGAGGCUCAGCUAAACAACAUGGAGAUGGCAGCGAGCGGAGUAAUCAGCACUGACAUGAUAGAGAUGAUUUUCUCUAACAACCCAGAGCAGCAGCUUGCCGCUACACAGAAGUUCAGAAAAUUACUUUCAAAAGAGCCUAAUCCUCCCAUUGAUGAAGUAAUUGGAACUCAUGGGGUGGUGGCCAGAUUUGUAGAGUUUCUGAAGAGGAAAGAAAAUUGCACACUACAGUUUGAAGCAGCGUGGGUGCUAACAAACAUUGCGUCUGGAAACUCGAUUCAAACCCGUAUUGUGAUCUCGGCAGGAGCUGUUCCUAUCUUCAUAGAGUUAUUGAGCUCAGAGUUUGAGGAUGUGCAGGAGCAGGCAGUAUGGGCACUGGGUAACAUCGCAGGAGACAGCACCGUAUGCAGGGACUAUGUACUAGACUGUAACAUCCUGCCUCCUCUAUUACAGCUACUCUCUAAACAGAACAGACUCACAAUGACCCGAAAUGCCGUCUGGGCUUUGUCAAACCUGUGUCGAGGCAAAAACCCCCCUCCUGAAUUUGCCAAGGUUUCACCUUGUCUGAAUGUCCUGUCCUGGCUACUGUUUGUCAAUGACACAGAUGUACUCGCUGAUGCCUGCUGGGCUCUCUCCUACCUGUCCGAUGGCCCCAAUGAUAAAAUCCAGGCAGUUAUCGAUGCAGGAGUGUGCAGGAGACUGGUGGAGCUCUUGAUGCACAGCGAUUACAAAGUGGUGUCACCUGCCCUACGAGCUGUGGGAAACAUUGUCACAGGAGAUGACAUUCAGACACAGGUAAUUCUGAACUGUUCUGCACUUCAGAGUUUAUUGCACUUACUAAGCAGCCCUAAAGAAUCCAUCAAAAAGGAGGCUUGUUGGACGAUAUCAAACAUCACAGCAGGAAAUCGGGUGCAGAUACAGGCAACCAGCGGUGUCUCAUUGGUUGUAUCAACCCGGUUAAACAAAAUGAAGCGCAAGAAGGCUCUGCAGACAGUGAUAGACGCAGACAUCUUCCCAGCUCUUAUAAAUAUUUUGCAGACGGCGGAGUUCAGAACAAGGAAGGAGGCGGCUUGGGCUAUCACAAAUGCAACAUCUGGAGGCUCUGCUGAACAAAUUAAGUACCUGGUUGAUUUGGGUUGUAUUAAACCCCUGUGUGACCUUUUGACUGUCAUGGACUCGAAGAUAGUGCAAGUGGCAUUAAAUGGAUUGGAAAAUAUUCUGAGGUUAGGCGAGCAAGAAGCAAAACGCAAUGGAUCUGGCAUAAACCCCUACUGUGCUCUCAUUGAAGAAGCAUAUGGAUUAGACAAGAUUGAGUUUCUGCAGAGUCACGAGAACCAGGAGAUCUACCAAAAGGCUUUUGACCUCAUUGAGCACUAUUUUGGCACUGAGGAUGAGGACAGCGGUAUCGCCCCGCAAGUGGACCUCAAUCAACAGCAGUACAUAUUCCAGCAAAGAGAGGCUCCCAUGGAAGGAUUCCAGCUUUAACCUCAUCCACUGGAGCUCCGUAUGCCGCAGAGCAAAACCUCCAUGUUUUCCUUCCAAUUCCUUGCUCACCUGUUUGCCGUGUGCGCUAUGUUUUCGUCUUACUUUUCUCUUUCUUGCGUUCCUCGUCUCACCUUCUUGUUUACGUUAAGCCUAUUUUCUCUCUUUUUUUUUCAUUUGCUUUUUAGUUACUGAUUUUAUAUCUUUUAUCUAAUCUUCCCUUACUUUUAUUCUAUACACUUUAGUUUUCCUUUUUUUUCUGUUUCCUUUUCUUCCUCUCUUCCCAUCCUUUUUUUUCUUUCUUUUUUUUAUUCUCCUGACAUGGCACACCCAGCCAUUGGUUGUCAGUAUAGUGGGACUGCAUGUCCUUGUCAUAACUAGAAGAAGAAGCUUUGUCCGUGAGCCUCUCUCUGCACCACUACAAUAUGGUGACACCCAUCCUGAUGUGCUUUACAUAUCUCCAUUUCACUUCUGAUUCAUUUACGUAAUUAAAAGAAGGAAUUUCAUUAACGUGGGCAGAACACCAUAAGCGAAAACUGAGACGAAUAAAUCAACACAGACUAACUGCACUUAAGACGAUACUGACCGACAAUAUCACGGCCCAGGGCCUCAACCAUUUCAAGGAGACUGUCUGCACUCUCAGAAGUCUUUUUUGCACAUGGUGUAAAUGCAAGACUCUCCCACCUUCCUGAAAUACUGAGCGGGAGAGAAAUCUGUUCAUAUCUUGCUGGAUGUGCAAGCCUGGGCAGCUGGCACUAAUAUUCAAUGAAGAUUGGAGAAACAUAAAAAAGACGUAUGAUAUUAAUAAGCUAACUAUUCUUCUGUACCUAAAGCCUUUAGUGGAUUUAGAGGAGGAGAAGAAAAAAAAACUUUCUGACAAUUCAGUUUUGACCAUCUCAGUCUGUGGAAGAUUCAGUCGACACGAUGGUCUGCAGGCUGCCUUGAUAUUUUUUUUAAUUCAUUAUUUUGUGUCUCUCUGCUCUUGGACCCCAUGAGACUGUGGACUUCCGCUGUUCAUUUGGUAUCCUCUCCCCAGAGACACAUGACAGACUGGUGAGGACUUUUCUAGUGACUUUAAAUUAAAUAAAAAAAUAAAAGACACAAAAAAAACUACUUCCCCUAUUCCACCAACCUUAUCCCUUAAAAUAAUGUGAUUAGACUUUUUUUUAUCUGCACGUGGUCCUGAUUUUGGUCCAUGCAGGCAAAGUCUUUACCUUGCCUCCAACACCUUUUUUCUGGUUUACAACAAAACCAAUGCUGGUUAGAUUAUAUAUUUUUAUUUUCAUUAAUACAGCAUUUUUUUGCUGAGUAAAUUAUUGCAUUAUUUUUUAAUGUAGGUAUUCUGUUAAUUCCCAUGCUUGAUUUAAAGGGCAGUGGGGUGUCCAUGUAAACUUAACAUUUUCUUUUAAUUUGUAUCCCACAUGGAUGUCCCAGAGGGGGGGGGGUACAUACCCUGCUUCUGGAGUUGCCACAAAAUGUGCUCAUUUUACCUUGUUUUUCUUAAUUGUUAUCUACUGUCAAAUAGAUGUCAGUUGCCUCAAUAAGAAAAAGCCUAACAUCUAUGUGAUGCAAUGCCAUGACAUUAAAGCACAACGAAUAGAAAUUCUAUUCGGCCUUUUUAACCAUUUGUAACAUCUGCUUGUAAUAACAAAUAAUGCCAUUGAUAAAAUAUGUUGGUUGCUCAGCAGUGACAUCAUUCCUCACUGGAUUUCCAUGAUGAAUUCUCUGUUACUAACACUUUGGUAUUGCAAUGCUUGAGUAUAAUGGACAUUAGCUUCAUUUGCAUUAUCAGGCUGCAUUCUAGGCAUGGUGGUGUGUUCCUUUUAAUAUAUGCUUAUAGUUAUGUGCAUCUGACUCACCAGAGGAGGCCAGAAUAGUACAACGCUCUCUAGUCGUCAUGAGUGCCAAAAGGAUUUGGUCAUUGUGAUGCUUACUGAGCAAUACUACGGUACCCUAAAGUUGACAUGGCCUGAAAGUGCCUUUCAUUUUAAUUUUUAACAAAUUUUUGCAUAAUUUUAAGGCCUCUUUUCAGAUUUAGCGGCUCAUCAUUUCUGGUAAACUGUAUUGAUGAGCUGCAUCAAGAAAUGAAAAGCUGGUUCUCUGUAGUUUUGUGACACCACAUGGUACAAUCAAUUUGUAAACUCCUAGUAAUACUUGCAGGUCUUGUACUGAAUAGCAAAACAAUGGAACUUAUGGUGUUACUAAUUUACUGUCUAGCGUUCAGUACUGCCAUAUGCCUAUAUAUAACACUGCAGAGGCCAGUGCAAUAAUUGAAAGGUGCCUCUAGAUAUGUCAUUUAUUUUCUUAUUCAUUACAAAUCAUUCCAUGCCUUUGAACAUGUUGUAAUGUUUGUAGCAUUUGUGUUAUCAAAUGAUUUGUUAACCUUUAAACCUGAAUGGGAACUACAUCUGACCACCAUGUCACUCGAAACCAAUACAUUCUGAGCAUACCAGAUUGCUUUUUCAUUAACCAUAACUGUUUUAAAACUCAUCAUUUUAAUGUCAUAGCAAUAAGUCACUGUACACAUCAUAAACCCUUUACCCGACACCAAAUCAUUCUAUACCAGAUAAGUGUAAAUGCCUAAUAAUUUACAUAAUGUAUUUCUAGUUUGCAGUGAUAUAGAUCAUGUGAACUUCACUGGUAUUUGCAAAAGCCUGCCAAGGAAACAUCACUGUUUAUUAUUUUUAUUUGUGCCACAGGCUUUGUGUUUUCAUAACAAAAAUAAUGUGCAACCUCCCAACUCUUAUACCUGCUGUACUUGAGUAAUGGACUGUAUUAGAAGCCAAACUUACAAGGCCAAGCACGACACCGCGGGCAGAGAAUUAUCCAGACUACAACUUCUCCAAAGCCCUUAACUGCACUACGGGACUACAAAUGGAAAUUAACAUGAGCAAUCCUUUUACUUGACUGCACUUUUAAGCUCUCUUGGACUGCACCCACAAUCUUUUGUGGGUUUUUUAUUUUGGGACAGAUGUUCAGUUGGACAUAAAAACCUUCCAAAGUUACACGGCUAAACCAGUAAUCUGUGGUACAUACCUCUCUCGCGAAUGCAUAAAAAAAGAUGCUGAAAUCUUGUCAUCACUGUAUUUUGAAGAAAAAAAAAAACAGGCUGCUUUCUUCAGCAGUACUAAAAUAGGUA